CCCUCCGCUCCCUUGUUUUCCGAGGUCGCUUGACCUCGCCACGUGUUCACCAACUUCAUGUAGACAUUUGGCCUUGAAUUUAUAUCGGAUACACACAUUCCGUCCGCUCACUUGUCCAAGUUCAAGUCGCCGCCGGCGCAAUUGUCGAUACACGAUGCUCCUGCGGAUAGCGCUGUUUGUUGUAGUCGCCUGUCUGGCACUACUGGUUGUUGGUGCAGAGGAUUACUACAAGCUGCUGGGCCUGAAGAAGGAUGCCUCUGAGCGCGAAAUCAAGAAAGCGUACCGAACUCUCAGCAAAAAGUUCCACCCCGACAAGAACCCUGGCGACGACACGGCGAACCAGAAAUUCGUUGAGAUUGCUGAAGCAUACGAGGUCCUCAUUGAGAAAGAGACGCGCAAGAUUUAUGAUCAAUACGGUCAUGAAGGCAUUCAGCAGCACAAGCAAGGUGGCGGCCCUCGGCAACAGCACGAUCCCUUUGACCUCUUCUCGCGCUUCUUCGGCGGCUCUGGACACUUUGGACACCAGGGUGGGGAGCGACGGGGACCGAACAUGGAAGUCAGGGUGGCUGUUCCCCUGCGUGACUUUUACAAUGGCCGAAAGACGGAAUUCACAAUUGAGAAGCAAGCCAUUUGUUCCGCCUGUGAGGGCUCGGGUUCCGAGGAUGGUCAUGUGGAGACUUGCGGCGCAUGUGGUGGACGGGGUAUCCGCAUACAACGGCAGCAACUCGCACCAGGACUGUUCCAACAGGUUCAGGUACACUGCGACCAAUGCCACGGCAAAGGAAAGACGAUCAAGAGCCCAUGUCCAGUGUGCAAUGGCAACCGAGUGAUCCGCGAAGCAGAGACGCACAAGCUCGAGAUUGAAAAGGGCAUGCCCAAUGGGGUGCGCGUUACGUACGAGAACGAAGCGGAUGAGAGCCCCGACUAUGUUGCUGGCGAUCUUAUUGUUCACCUGGCCGAAUCCGAACCUGCCAUGGGCCAACAAGAGCACGAGCGCACAGAUGGUACGUUUUUCAGAAGACGAGGUCAACACCUCUUCUGGCGCGAGGUUCUAUCGCUUCGGGAGGCAUGGAUGGGUGACUGGACACGCAACAUUACACAUCUUGACGGCCACAUUGUGCAGCUCUCGCGCAAGCGCGGCGAAGUGGUACAGCCUGGUCUCGUUGAGAUUGUAAAGGAGGAGGGCAUGCCCAUCUGGCACCAGCAGCUAGACAACAACGAGGGUCUGCAAUUUGGCGACCUACACGUCGAGUAUGUUGUAGUACUACCCGACCAGAUGGAGAAGGGCAUGGAGAAGGACUUUUGGAGCGUGUGGGAGAAGUACAGGAAGAAGAAUGGCGUCAGCAUGGAUGCCGAGUUUGGACGGCCACAGGAGCCCAUCAAGAUGCCUGAGCCGGAUGCGCAUGAUGAGCUGUAAUAGCCGUGGUCUUUUUUUUCUUAGCAUGACUGUAUAGAGCAAAGAGAGGCCUUUGUAUGUAUGAAUUCAACGCGAAAUACC